UCGGUGGAGGAGGUUGAUGGGCGAGAGGAGGAGGGAAAGAGGACUAGUACUACUCCUGGGGUCCCCCCACCACACGACCUGCCGCCGCGACGCCAGUCCGUAGUCAGUCAGCGCUGGACCGCCGCCCGCUCGAUUUCGCGAUCCAUGAACGACGGUAGCCAUUACCACCAUCUCCUCUCCGUUUCUUUUCCGUCUAUCUCCAAUCUUUCUGUCUCUCCCCUCUCCUCCUCCUCCUCUCUCUCUCUCUCUUUAUCUUUCUUUCCAACGCGUUUCUUUCUUUCCUUCUUCCUCAUCUGUCUAUUUUUUGCUAUCACAUUUUCAUUUGCUUAUCUCGUUCUCUCUUGCUUGUUUUAUCGUUAUCUACUUGGUCAAUUCUUGCUAUGUUUCUCUUUCUUCGUUUUUCAUUGAAGAUCUUUUGAUAUUCACAUAUGUCGCGAGACAUCGUGCGCGCGUCGCGAAUCACACGUCGCGGAGAGAAGUUUAUCGCGCGAUAUUAUCGGGAUCCGCCGAUCCAUCCACGAGAUAGUUGGCGCGAUCCCGAUAGCCGUCAUCGAAGGCGAGCAUCGCGUAUCGGUGUGAACGGCGGCCGAUCGGAAAAGUGACGAGAGUGAGACUAAUGAUUACUUGCAGGGAAAAGUGGUGAACCGGGGGUUGGUGCACGAUACGGAUAAUCUAGAUGAUUUCGGUGUAAGUCGGUCCAGUAUCACCGAGAUCGCGAAUCGUCUAUUCGAAUUCAGUGUAAUAUAACCGGCAAACGAUGUAGACAGUAAUACGAAAGUAUUGAUAUUGACCUGUCAAUAAGUCGACGCGAAUUAGUUUCGAUUAUUUUGAAAUUAUACAGAUGGAUAAAUGAGAUAGAUCCUCUACAACUUUGCGUUGUCAGUCGUACUGUCAGAGAUUCGACGAAUGUGUCAUUAUUUCACUUUGCCAUCGCAAGUUUAUAAAUGCAUAAAUGCCGUGAACUCCAAAUAAAAUGACGACGAUCGCGACAAUUGCGUCACUGAUAACAAGCGGAUCGUUGGCGAGCACGAUGAGGAGGUAGUGGUUGUCGGGACACGUGCCGAUUGGAAUAACCGCGAGUGUUGCAAAGGGAGAGGAGAGGUAGACUAUCCCAGACAAGUUGUCCGGGGGGGGGGAAGAUAUUUCAAGGAUACCGUUCGGUGUUUUCGACCGUUUGACUUUUUGGGGAUCAAGUAAUUGCAAGUCAAGGCGAAAAGAACUGGAGGCCGCACGGAUAAUCAAACAUUUUCGAAGGACGCAGAUGCCCCGAAGGAAACAGCACGCACCGCAACGCAUGAAAUGGGAGGACGGCGUCGAAGGCUCUGCGCCCGGUACGGACCUCCAAGGCGAGGAGGGCGAUUGCGUCGACGAGGAUGGUCCUAUUAGUCCCAGCGAAAGAGGCUGUGCGCCCGUUGCGAAAGAGGAUGAAGAUGCCGAUGGAACGGAUGAAGAGGACGACGAGGAGGCAUCGCCGCCUACGCCACCGCCUUCCGCCACCUCGAGAUUAAAUCCAACUAUCUUGAGAGACACAGGACCUCCGGACAGGGAGCCAAUGAGUCCGCGCUGUCCCUCGAGAGAUUCUCGGGAAUCGUCCGGUCCAGCGACCGGAAGUCCCCCACCACCUGCUACCAGGAACAGCGCGAGCCCAGUCAGUCCAAGUAGUAUCGUGCCUCUACCCCUUGGAACUCAUCCCCUGCUACCACCCCAUUCUGCAGCAGUCAUGGCGGCGUAUCUGCAACAGACUCAUCAGCGCCUCCUUCUCGGUCACUCGCCUUUAUCGCGCGGUUCGGUGUCGCCUCUGGUUUCCUCGUCGUGUUCGCCACCAGCUGCUACCCCCGGUCUCCUGGUAUCGCCUACCAGCGUUGGGGAGAUCUCGCCGUCAGCGACACCCUUGCCAGCUGUGUUGGAUUUUAGCACGAGGAAAGCGUCCCCGACCGAGGAGGAUGAGGAAGAACAGAUAUUAAAUCUCAGCAAACCGCCUACGCCGUCUUCCUCGACAGAGACGAACAAUGGUCCAUUGGAUCUUUCAGUAUCCAGCAGAAAACGAGUCGACACGGAAAAUUCGUCGCCUCCGCUACCGCGCAAGUCAUCGAGAUUGGCCUCAUCGACGAGUUCCACGAGCCAUCAAGAAACGGCGCCGGGAGCCGCAUCAUCCGGCUUUGGUCGACCACCGAUAGUAUCUCCCUGGACAUCUCCGGUGGUUGCCUCACAUUUCCCAUACUUCGCUGCAGCGGUAGCAGCAGUUACUAGUCAGCAGCAGCUUUCGCCGAAAAGCACAAGCGGUGUAGUGGAUCAUCAUCAGCUUUGGAACGGGAAGAUGAAGCCACCAACAGCGCUGGAAAAAUCGUAUCAACCUAGCGAAGCUACGAAGGCUCUCGAGAAAAUGAGCGAGUUGAGUAAACUUGGCGGCGAGGAUCUCUUCAGAUCAUCUUCCGGAGGUGGUGCCGCUGUAACGGGUGCCAGCGCGCCGGCCACAACGUCCAGCAGUCGUCACAGCGCCUGGCAGUCUCAUUGGUUGAACAAAGGAGCCGAUCAAGCCAAGGACGUUCUAAAAUGCGUGUGGUGCAAACAGAGUUUUCCAACUCUGGCAGCGAUGACGACGCACAUGAAGGAAGCAAAACACUGCGGCGUUAAUAUGCCUGUACCACCUCCGGCGCCAGGAAUUCACUCGCAGCAGACGAGCAUGCCAACCAUACCGCCGCCUCAGCAACCACAUCAACCGCAAACUUCUAGCAGUAACACUGGUAGCAACAACUCGGCUACGCCUAGCAGCAAGCAAAGUCCCUCCGAUUUGAAUCUUUUAAUCAAGGAAACAAUGCCUUUGCCGCGGAAGCUCGUGCGAGGCCAGGAUGUCUGGUUAGGCAAAGGUGCCGAGCAAACGCGGCAGAUUCUCAAAUGCAUGUGGUGCGGGCAGAGCUUCCGUUCGUUGGCCGAAAUGACUUCGCAUAUGCAACAAACGCAACAUUACACGAACAUUAUUUCUCAGGAGCAAAUAAUAUCCUGGAAAUCGUCCGACGAGAGCAAAAGCGCCAACACUACUGGCAGCGCUGGGGCUGGCGGGAAUGCCGGUGCAGGAAGCAAUGCAGGAGUACAACCGGGUGGUGGAUCCGGGCCUCACAGCGGAAACAACGGCGGUCCCGGUGCUGGCGCGACGAGCAGCCAUGUUAGCGCCGUACUAACUUGCAAAGUUUGCGAUCAAGCAUUCAGUUCUCUGAAGGAAUUGAGUAAUCACAUGGUGAAGAAUUCGCAUUAUAAGGAACACAUAAUGCGCUCGAUUACCGAGAGCGGGGGACGUCGGCGGCAAACGCGAGAGAAGCGAAAAAAGUCACUGCCCGUGAGGAAACUGCUCGAACUCGAACGCGCGCAGAAUGAAUUUAAGAAUGGCGAUGCUGCCGCCAAUCUGACACAUAGUCUCGGUAAGCAAGCCAGUAGAAUUACGUGCGAGAAAUGCGGAGAGAAGAUCGAAACUCCGCUCUUUGUAGAGCAUAUACGUCAAUGCAUCGGCGCAGGCACGGUGGGCGUCAAUCAACGAAACUUCUUGAAGAACGCGCUCAUGUCUAAUCAUUUACCUGCAACGCUACCGCCAUCCGAGAGCGGACGUAAGAGCGUCAAUGAGGAAACAUCUUCGAUAUCAUCGAGGCAUCAUCGAUCUCCAUCUUCUGCCAGCGACGCGACAACGCCUGGGAAAGAUACGCCUACACCGAACGCCAAUGAAAGCACCGCUCCGAUAGGUACCUCGCCAUCAGUUUUGAACGCGAUAGAGAAGCUCAUCGAAAAGAGUUUCGAUUCUCGCGUGAGACACGGCACACCCGGUAUGCAUCACGCCCAAUCCGGCGCACCUAUGGGUACAAGUAUACUCAAGCGUUUGGGCAUCGACGAGAGCGUGGAUUACACGAAACCUCUGGUGGAUCCGCAAACGAUGAAUUUACUCCGAAGUUAUCAGCAGCAGCAGCAGCAUCAGCAACAUUACGCGAAUGCAGCCAGAAGGGAGCGAAGCGGUAGCGAGUCUAGUUCAAUAUCAGAGCGAGGAAGCGGCAGAACGGAUACCAUGACACCAGAAAGACGCAUGGAUCUAUCUACCACGAGUCAUGAAAGACACUCGAGUUCUCUGUCUCAUCAUCAUCGAGUCACUCCAGAGAAACAGACAGCGCCAUUACCUAGUCGCCAUCAUCAAAUUACAGAAGAAUCCGGAGAUGAAGAAUCGUCUACCGUGGUGGUAAAGAAAGAGCCGAGGGACGAAGAGACAGAAGAACGAGGCGCGAACGAGGAAGAGCAACAGCAAUCACAAUCGACGAGGGAAGUAUUUGUGAAGAAGGAGAUAGUAGACGACUGCCGGGACGAAGAAGAUCAGAGUUCCUACAAUCACCGACGAAGCAGCCUCCAUGAAACGCCGGAGGACGGACGAGAGGUUCUGUCACCUCGCAUGAAUCCACCUACGCCACGGCCGACCAACCAGGUGGAACAGAUUGCGCGUAGUCCCUGUAGAAACAGCACGAGUAGCCCUACCAGCAGCGAUCGAUCGGUCACGCCACGGGGUACGCCCGACACUAAAGCCUCGAGUAGUCUUGGAGCGCUUUCCUCCAUGUUCGACAGCUUGUCCGGUGGUAACAGCGGAGGCGGUGGAAGCAACGUCGACUCGCAAGGACGCAAAACGAGCAGUCAUCCUCUCGCGGCGUUGCAGAAAUUGUGUGACAAGACGGAGACACGAGGUCCGAGCGCCAGUGGCGCUUCGAGAUCCGGGGGUAGUUCCGGAGGGAGUACCAUCGGACCAGGCAGCGGUAGCACGGUAGGAGUGACCGGUCCGGGUCCCGGACCAACACCGGGCGCCAUUUUGGCAUUCAGCUGGGCCUGCAACGAUGCGGUAGUUACCGCGGAUUCGAUAAUGAAAUGCGCAUUCUGCGACACGCCUUUCAUUUCGAAGGGCGCGUACAGGCAUCACCUCUCCAAGAUGCACUUUGUCAAGGACGGCGUUAUCCCGGAUCCAUUGACCAUCGGCAGGUCGGCCGCAGCGGCCGCCGCCGCCGCCGCCGCGGUCACUCAGAGCACUUCCGGUGGGCCGAGUCGCAACUCCUCGUCGCCGCCGACGUCGCAGCGCAACAAGUCGCCGCCGCUUCCACAAGCGAACGGCAGCCCGUCGCAGUCAGCGGCCUCUCCCCUCGAGGAGAGCCCGCACUCCAAAUUUCUCAAGUAUACGGAGCUGGCAAAGCAAUUGUCCAGUAAGUACGUAUAGUCCGAGCCCCGUAAGUAGCGGUGCCACUUGUACAUAAGUGUAUCUAUAUUGUAACGACUGUAACUAGCGAUGGUUGAAAAUUUUCAUCCCCUUGCCCCCUUCCCCCCCCCCACCCCCGC